AUGAUUUCAGGCCUUCCACAUCCUUCCUUCUUUCCAUUCAAGAUAGCCACCGUGACAGCAUCACCCCCAACAGCGGAGGAAAGACCCUGCUUGCUCGAACUACCCCUAGAUGGCUUCUUGCAGUAUGGGUCGGGAACAGGCAACGCACAACUGCGCGCCUGGUGCCGAGAGUUUACCCAGCGGGUGCAUCGACCAGCCUAUGCCGACUGGACCGUGUUACUUCACCCCGGAAAUACCAACGCAUGGAGUAAAGUGGUCAGCUUGUUGUGUGAGACAGACGACUACAUAUUGUGUGAGACUUACACCUAUCCAUCAGCACAGGCCUUCUGGAUCCCUCUGGGCAUCAAAGCGGCCCCGGUUGCUUCAGAUGCAGAAGGCAUGCGUGCUGAUACUCUCGCUCAAACAUUGCGCGAUUGGGAAGAUACUCACCCCGGCACCCGGCGGCCGCGUGUGCUGUAUCUUGUCAGUGUCGGCUCUAACCCAUCGGGCGUCACGAUGAGUACAAAGCGACGACGAGAUGUUUACGAUGUGUGUAUUGAAUACGAUGUCAUCAUUGUGGAGGACGAUCCGUACUUCUUCCUCCAGUACCCGGAAUACAAUGCCGCUGACUCGGUCACGGAAGGCCCAGAAUUCGUCGGCAGCGAUGAGUUCCUAAGGUCCUUGACACCGUCAAUGCUCCAAUUUGACCACCAGGGCCGUGUAAUCCGGCUGGAGUCUUUUAGUAAAACGCUGGCACCAGGUCUGCGGCUCGGUUACUUUGUCGCAAAUCCAUUGUUUACCGAACGACUGCUGCGUGCGACCGAGGUUGAGACGCAGGACCCAUCUGGCCUAUCACAAGCACUUACCCUCCGCCUCUUGCAAAGCUGGGGUAUCGACGGCUAUCUUGGAUGGCUGCAGGGGCUGGGCGUCGAGUACUGUCGCCGACGCGACUGGAUGAUAGACGCCUUUUCGCAGCAUUUUCGCGUCGGUUACGCGGCGAAGGCAACCGGAACCCUUGUCGCCCAUCUCGGCGACGUCCCUAUUUUCUCCUUUGUACCACCCACAGGGGGUAUGUUUAUAUGGGCAUGCUUUAAUCUGGCCCAGAACCCUGCCUUUGAGCAGCUACGGCAUGAUGAGAACGUGGUUGAUCCGGAGCAGGUCAUGGCCGACCAGCUUUGGCGGCAGUUCGCCGAGGCCAAGGUAAGUAGUUCACACGUCGUUUCGCUGAAUAUGCAGAGGACUCACUUAUACCCUCUUACAGGUUCUCUUAACCCCGGGGCCAUAUUAUCAUCCCUGGCAGGGGCCGGACAAGGUUACAACAAAUGCGCGCGGAGCUAA